CAGACACAGAGGCGUGCACACCCUCACUCUGUAGCUCCUGCAGAAAUCUGCCUGCUUUGGCAAUGCUGAGUCUGACUGAUAACGAUGCAGUUCUGCAGAAAGGUGCUUUGCAAGCCGUGUAGUGCCAGAGUCACUUCACCAGAGGAGGACAUGGAAUACAAGAUGGGGAGCUGCAUCGGAAUCCCACACAGCAAGGCUGAAGCUCGAGCUGAGAGUUUGAGCCAGAGGGACGACAGAGCGCUUCUGACUGAAGUCUCCACCAGUCAGGACGGUCUGCUGCCUCAACCCGUGCUCCCAGAGAUCCCAGUCAUCACCGGGGUGGAGGAGAGCCAAGGUACGGCUUCAGACCAGGAGGACAAGGAGGAGCUUGAGUUUCCUCACGACCUGCUGCCCAGUUUAGAUUUCAGCAGUGAGCUCAACAUCUGGGAGUCCUCACUGGGACCCUUUCCAUCUCUGGAGUCUCCUCAGCAAGAGUUCCUCACUCCGACUGAGGAGAUAGCAGCUCCUCUGAGACAGGAGGAGAUCCCACCACCAGAGCCAGCAACGGAGAAGACAGCAGAGAUCCCGCUUCUGAAUCUUGUGAAGAAGCCAGCAGACCUUCCCAGGUCUUUAAAAAAGGCCACAGAUCUCCUAGAAUCAACACACCAGAAAGUGGAGCUUUCCGAACCGCCCCAGAGUGUAAAAGUAGAGUUUUCAGAAGAAACAAAAAAGACAGAGCUCUCAGAACCAGCCAAGGAGGAAGAAGAGCAUCAAGAUGAGUUUCAGGAGCCAAAUAGGAAGCAGGUUAUUUCAACAGAAAUAGCAACUGAGGAGCAGGUCGAGGUUGUCCAACCAAGAGAAAGGGCAGAAGAGAUCCCAGAACCAACAGCUAAUGAAACUGAGCUUGUAGAACCAACAAAGGAUGAAGAACCGGAAACAACAAAGACGACUACAGAGUCCCUGCAACCAGAAGAGAAGCUGGUCAGUGAGCUGCCAGUGGAGCUUGUGGAAAAACCAUUAGAGAUCCAGCCUGUGGAGCAAUCUGAAGUCCUAGCUGAGAAAACUGCAGUGACAGAGGCAGUCCAGGAUCCAGCUGCAGAGCUGCAGGACAGUGGGCCCUCCCUCGCUGAUAAAGCAGAGAGCGGUCACCUGGCCCCUGCCUCUCCUCAACCACUUACCUCUGAACGCCACCUCCUGCCUGUCCUUCCUCCUCACUUCCAAGACACCGCAGAGAUCCCUACUCCCGUUCCCACACUUCCAGAGGGUCACGCACUUGAAGCUCUGCCAACCCCGCCUGUGUCCCCCUGUCCUCCUCCUCACCCUGUCCCUGCCUCCCCUCCUGCAUCUUCUGCUGACCACUGUGAGGACGUUUACCCUGCUUCUGCACCCUGCCAUGUCACUUUAAGGAGCUCAGAUUCUGAUGGAGCCUUUGAGACCCCUGAAUCUACAACUCCAGUGAAAGCUGUUUCUCCCACUGAACCUCAGAGAAAGGAAACAACUGAUGACAAAGUAGCAGACACCUCAGUCACUGAUCCUGCCUCUGACUUGACUAUAGCUGAACCACUCUGCCAUUCUCUGUCCAGUGCUUUUGAUGAAAACAAGCCCAUUGCUGCCAGUGGUACAUAUAACAUCGACGUUUUUGCUGCAGAUUCAACGAGUCACACUUUAACCCGUUCUCUCAGCCUCCAGGGAGGAGAACUAGAUAGUUCUGGUCUGUUGGACGGAUCGGCAUCAGGAGGUUUCCGUCCACAUUCUGAAUCUUUCAGUGUAGGCACUGAGAGCGCCCCAGGGACACUCCGCAGGCCCAAGAAAGUUCGUCCUGGGUCUGUAAAGAAAAAGCCUCUUCUCAGACAGAACUCCAACCCAGAGAGCCCAAGGCCUGACUCAUCCAGCAGCACCCCAGAAAUUAAGAAGCGGGCAAAGCCUCAAACAGCCAGCCCCCUUCAGGCUCAGGAGGGAACAGAAGAAGGCUCUGCAACACCAAGCCCAGGAGGAACUCUGCGAAGAACCAGAAAGAGCCGUGUGGAGACUCCUCCUCCUCUGCCAGAGGAGACCAAUCACACCACCCAAGAGGAGAGCCUUAUUGUCCCUGUCUUACCUUUAUGCCAGGAGGAGAUCCCACUCCCUGAUACUCAAGCAGACAAAGACGAAUCUCCCAUCCCUCCUAGUGCCUCCUACCAAUGGGAUCCAGAGAACUUUGAGAAGAUCAACCCUUUUAAGACUGGAGGUAGUAAAAUUGCCAAUUCGCCCGUUCUGGGUCGUAAAGAUCCUGUGUGUGCCCCUAUUUCCACCACUCCAGAGAGUCCCCCCCUCCCAGCUGAGGAACCACAUCACCCCAGUCCUCCGGCUCCUAUUAGAGAACCAAUCACCAAUCCUGAGGAGCAGCCCAUUAUACCCAAGCGUCAGUCACUGAGACUGGAGUUUGACUACUCCGAGGAGAGUGGUGAGGCAUCACAUCAGGCCUCUCCUCCACCUAAGAAACUAGGCAAGAAGCCAGGUGCCAAAAUGCCUCUGAGGAAACCAAAGCUGGGGUUGAAAAAGGCACCUCAAGCACAGACAGAACAGCUGGACAACAAUCCUCAAGCAACCCAGAACAGCAAUGAGGAUGAAAUCCUGGUACCGAAAACGUCUUACAACUUUGAACCCGACAAGUGGGAUGAUCCAAACUUUAAUCCAUUUAGUUCAAGGAAAGGUAUCGCUAACUCCCCCAAACUAUCCAGGCCAUCUUAUAACUUUGAUGCCAAUAACUUUGACGACUCCAUAGACCCUUUCAAAUCAUCCAACAAGAUGGCCAACUCCCCUCCUAAAACAUCCGCCUCCUUUGAACUGUCAUCCAAUGACAACGAUAAUGAAAAUGACAACGACAACCUUGGGGAAUUAGAGGACCAAAACCAGAACAAACCCGCCAAGAAGAAGAAAACUCCUAUCAAAUCUAAUACUUUCAGAGUGAAGAGGUCACCAAAGAAAUCCCCAUUAUCUGACCCGUCCCAGGAUCUUUCGCCUGCAGAUGAACCUUCUUCCCUUCACCAGCAGGAUGACCAUGCCACAGAUGAGGAGAAACUGGCCUCUUCCACCAGUCAUAAGUGGGCAGCCCUGCAUGACAUGGACGGAGACUUAAACUCUGACCAGCAAGACUUUCCUCAACCAUGCGACCUUACAUCCUUUGUUAAUGAGAACAGUCUUCCGAAGGAGACUCCAGUACAAGACUAUGAAAUUGAGUACAUGGAGAAGAUUGGCUCCUCUUCCACACCACCGUCUGCAAAGAAGCCAUCUCUGUACUUGAACUUGGACUCAGUAUCUGACAACUUAACCAAAAAUACAUGUGUGCAUGGAUCUGAGCCCAGCUCCCCCUGCACAGGGAGUUUUGAAGAGAUGGAGGCCCAGAUAACAGCAGGUAUGAAGACACCGGUGCUCAGCUCACGACCUGGUCCUGAGGGCUCUGCUGUAGACAAGGGCAGGAAGAGAGAAAGCGAGGCGCUCAGUCGAACGCAGAGCACAGAGAUGGAGGAGCAGCCCCCUAGCCAGGGCCCCGUGGAGGCACUUGCUCCAGCUCUGGCCAUGCCCCUGUUAGACAGGCUGUCUGAGUGUGACGACCCCCUGCAGUACCUGGAGCCUGACCUGGCUGAGACCAACCCCACAGCAUUCGCCCAAAAAUUGCAGUCUCGACUCAAGAAACCCAGUACUCGGCGGUGGAAUAUCAACGGUUCACCCUUACUCAAAGUUGCAGUGGACACAUGGAGAUCUGUUUGGCACAGAGACUUGUCAUCUUCAGUAGAAAGUGGCGUGUCCAAGAACUCACUGUACACCAGGACCACAGCCAGCUACAUCGAAGCGGAGAGUCCUCACUUGCCCAGAGAUCUGGACCACUCUUUGGGAAUUGCACGAGAGGAGAUUGUGUCAAAGGAGAAAGAAGUGCUGGAGUGGCAGAGGAAGUAUGAAGAGAGCCGACAGGAAGUGGUGGAGAUGAGGAGAAUUGUUGCUGAGUAUGAGAAGACGAUUGCCCAGAUGAUAGAGGAUGACCAGAAAGAGAAAUCUCUUUCCCAUCACACCAUUCAGCAGCUCAUCAUGGAGAAGGAUCAGGCGUUGGCUGACCUCAACUCUGUGGAGAAGUCUCUAGCUGACCUCUUCCGUCGUUAUGAGAAGAUGAAAGAUGUCCUGGAGGGUUUCCGUAAAAAUGAAGAGGUAUUGAAGAAAUGUGCUCAGGAGUAUCUUUCAAGGGUCCGCAAGGAGGAGCAGCGAUAUCAAGCCCUGAAAAUUCACGCAGAGGAGAAACUAGACAAGGCCAAUGCAGAGAUAGCUCAGGUGCGGGCCAAAGCCAAGCAGGAGCAAGCUGCCUACCAGGCCAGUCUGAGGAAGGAGCAGAUGAAGGUGGACUCUCUGGAGCGCACUUUAGAGCAGAAGAAUAAAGAGAUCGAGGAGUUAACAAAGAUCUGUGACGAGCUGAUUGCCAAGAUGGGGAAGAGUUAACAGGCCACAUCGCAGCAACAAAGCCAAACUGAAAAGCAGAAAAUGAAGAGAAUCACUCUUUCUCAAACUGAUGGACAUCUAAGACCAAAGUGGUCUUGGGGUUGUAUUUCCUACUGACCUUGUGUAUACGUCAUCCACAGGAUCAGCUUCCUCUUAAUUACUCUGUACAUUUUUGAUGUUUCAGUGUAUCGUACUGUAUCGGGGGUCUGGUUUCAAGUUUUAUCAUAUCACUAAUGAGUAUGUCUGUGUGUGUGUGUGUGUGUGGGUGUGUGUAUGAUAAUGAGAAAGUGCAAGCAUUGUUUGUGGGUUAAAUUAUCUAUUAUGAUGUUGCCAUGACAGCCACUGAGGGAGAAGACUGUUUACCCACUCCUGUUAUUGUCUCCUCUUAAUACAAGAGAAAGAUAGAUUUUGAAGAUGAGAACCAGAUUCUUAGUUAUUCAUAAAAUGCUGAUACACCACUAAGAGAAUACAAGCUAUCACAAUAGAUUCUUGCAUGUGAGAGAAAAAGAAGAACUUGUAAUGUUAAUGUUUGUACAUACUGUAGGAAACAUCGAGACUUGUGCAUUUUUGAUAGGUAUUCUGUCAUCUUCGGCCCACUUCCCUCACAUAACCUUGUAGAUAUUUGUCAUACUUGUCAUAGCUUUUUUGAUGAAAUUGUGGAACUUUAUUUUUGGGAUUUUAUUUUGAUAAAAAGCAAACUAAUUGUGACUGUGUUCAGUUGUGACCAGGAGUAAUUUAAUUUUGGAUGAUCCUGUCCUAGUCCUGCAAUGGUUGUUUGUCACACUGAGGAAUAACUUUUCUGCACAGCUACUGUACAGCAUCUGCUUACAAAGUGCAAUAAAAGAUGGCAAUACAGCA